UUCUGGUUGCCACAGAGAAGAUGUUGCGGGUAUUAUUGUCACUCACUCUUUGCUUUGAUGGAGCAAGUUCACGGAAUAAUUAUACGGAGCUGUGGUAACGAAGGACUAUCGUAUCUGACCGUUUGUAGCUAGCUAGCUACUAUAGUGGAUUUAUUGAGGGUUUUUCGCUUCGUAGCCAACAUGUUGCUUUUCGCUUAUUAUGUGUAGAAAGAUGAGAGCACGCUAACUUAAGCUAGCUAGCCAGCCAACCUAGUGCGCCACACACAGAAGGUUAGGCUGCACAUAAAUACUCAUUUUAGGUAUCAACCACUUGUUCAAACUAGCUUCUAGCAGACCCACUUGACAGGUUCCAGGCUUAUAGUUAACGUUAGCUCUUGGCUUUUAGGUAGCUACUGUUAACGUGUGUUGAUUUAAUAAAUCAGUGCCACCAAGACAUACUGUAGCUAUUCUAACUGAAACGUCACCAUUGGCUUUGGAGUAAUUUGCGAUAACACAAGCAAGGCCUUGUCAGGAUGCACACUACCCGUAGCCCGUCGUCCAUCCAGGCUGGAGGAACAGGGGAUGCCCUGGACCUGUCUCUGUCAGGCUCCCAGCUCUCGGUGUCCCGCCGGCCCAGCUCUGCCUCUCCAGGGAAAGUCUUCUCCCGCUCUGUGUCUGUCUCUGUAGCCAGCGAAGGCAGGGGCAAACGCAACACACUGGGUGAUGCUGGGUUUGGCAGCUCCCGUUCUAUCAAGAACCUGAGAAGGUCCAACAGUACUACACAGGUCAACCAGCAAGCCAACAUCAGCCUAAGUGAGGACCAGACAGAAGACUUCCUUGCGUUGUUUGACAGCAGCUCAGAUGGACGCAGGAAGCUGGCCAGCCUCAGUAAGGCCUCCCCGGACCGUACCACCUGGAACAUCCUGGAUGACCAGCCAAGAGCAUUCCCUAUACCUACCAGCUCUCGCUCCACGGGCAGCGUGGACUCUCCCAUCACCAGUGGCCCGAAGAGGAGAGAGACCGGGGUAGCCCUGGCUGCCAACUUCACUGCUAACAACAGGAGCAACAAGGGAGCUGUGGGGAACUCUGUCACAACCAUCUUGCAUAACAACUACUCUGACAAACCCCUCACCCCCAAGAGCUCCAACCAGAAACCCUCCUUCAAUAACAUCCUGAAAGCCACAGUGAAUGACGAGGGACCCCUGGAGAGCAGCUCUCUGACCACCAAGUCCCAGAAGAACUUCUCCUCGUCCUCCUCUACAUCUAACAACAAUGCUGGCCAGCGUAGCCCCAGAGGCUCCCCCAGCCUGCCCCGCAGGAGAGAGGUCACAGAGGAGGAGGCCGAGAGGUUCAUCCAGCAGGUGAACCAGGCAGCGGUGACCAUCCAGCGGUGGUAUAGACUCCACACCAGGAGACAGUCACAGCAUGCCAGCCAGGCUGCCCUCAGACGCAUCCUCACCACCAAGAAGAAGGAACGAGAACAGAGAGCAGAGGAGGAGAAGUCUCCAGAGGUGCAGAAGAAGGAGGAGGACCGUAAAAGGAUUCGUGAGGAGAAGGCUCGUCUUGCCCGCGUCGCAGCCAUUCAGGAGCUGCAGCAGAAGAGAGCCCAGAGGGCUGCUGAGAUACAGGCCUUUGCCCAAGAGGAGAUGGAGACCCUGAGACACAGUGGCAAGGUGGGCCAUAAGAAACCGACUAAGACCACCACCUCCUCCCCCAGCAACAAGAGCCCCACAUCCCCCUGCAACAGGAACCCUAUUUCCCCCACUGGCUCUGACGUCAAGGCCCAGAACACAGACUCUAACAAUGUGAACGUUGUGACUGACCUGGAUGACGUCACCAACUUGAGACCGCUUUCCCCUGCACUGUCCAAUCGCAGAGACUCUCAAUGCUCUCAGGAGAUUCUGCAGCGGUCAGUGAGUGUGGAGGACCAGCGCCAGGGGGCGCCAUCGAGCAGAGCCCAGUCUAAGACCACCCUGAACGACCUGCUGGACACUCUGAAGCUCCUAGAGGAAGAACCAGAGAGGCUGUCUGAACCCAAGAGCUACCACAAGGAGAAGUACUCCUGGAUAGAUGAGGAUGGAGACUCCAACUCCCUGACCACUGAUAACCUGGAGCGUCAUGGUCAGCUGGUCCAUACCCCUGUGCUGCCAGACGGGGGUGCUCUCCUCUCUGAGGCCAAACUACAGAGCAUCAUGAGCUUCCUGGAUGAGAUGGAGAAGUCUGAACAGGAGAGACCUCGAUCUGUCACCUCAGGGUCACACAAAGAGAUGUUGUCAGAAGAGGAGCUUGCGGGAAUAGAGCAGGCCUCGGCCACGGCUGCUGAGGUCACUGGCUCCAUGAUGAGACUGAAGUUGGAGCUGGAGGAGAAGAGGCGCACUGUCAACAUGCUGCAGACCGCUCUGACCCAGCAGAGGGAGUUGACAGUGAGGCAUGUGAAGGAGACAGAGAAGGAAUUGAGCAGGAACUUCACUCUGCAGAAGGAGCAGUAUGAAGCCACCAUCCAGAGACACCUCACCUUUAUAGACCAGCUAAUAGAUGAUAAGAAGGCUCUGAGUGAGCGUUGUGAGGGAGUGGUGGGAGAGCUCAAACUAGUGGAUCAGAAAUACACUAAGAAGAUCGGCCAGAUGCAGGAGCAGCAUGAACUGGUGUGGCAAAUUCUGGGUCCCUUGUGCGAGGAGAUCAAGAAGCUGAAAGAGUUGAUGAGUGCCACAGAGAAGGUCCGCAGGGAGAAGUGGAUCGACGAGAAGACCAAGAAGAUAAAAGAGAUCACUGUGAAAGGUCUGGAGCCAGAGAUCCAGAAGCUGAUCUGUAAACACAAGCAAGAGCUGAAAAAGCUGCGGGUCCUUCAUGAGGCUGAGCUGUUGCAGGCAGACGAGAGGGCAGCCCAACGCUAUGUUGGCCAGACUGAAGAGCUACGACAACAGCUGGAGAGAGACCGGGACGAGCAGUGUCAGAGAGAGAGGGAACUGGCCAAGCAGAGGUUUGAGAAGCAGCUAGCGGAGGAGGAGAUGUCUUUACAGCAGCAGAGGAGGAGACUCUACAAGGAGGUGUCUGAGGAGAAGGAGAGACUCAACCAGCUGGCCGCCAGGCAGCGUGCUGAGCUGGAGGACCUGAGGAAGCAACUGGAGGAUAACAGCUCCCUGGCAGGGAGAGCUCUGAGAGAAGAGCUGGAGAAGAGCAGGGAGGAGCAGGAGAGGAGGCACCAGGUGGAGUUAAAAGCCCUCAGAGAACGCCUGGAGAUCGAGAAACAGACCUGGGAGGAGAACUACAUGAAGAAGGAGGAAGCAUGGUUGUUGAGUCGGGAGCGCGAGCUGAAGGAGGAAGUACGUCGGGGGCGGGACAAAGAGAUCGAGCUGGCCAUUCAGAGGCUGGAGGAGGAGACGAGCGGGGCCCGCGACGAAUGUGACCGGGCCGCUGACAAUCGUGUGAAGCGUGUGCGGGAGAAAUACGAGGCGGAGCUGAAAGAGUUGGAGCGCUCUGAGAGGUCUGCCUUGGAAAAACAGCAGGAGAUGAAGAAGAGACAGAGUGAGAUGGAGGGAGAGCUGAUCACACUACAGGGCCAUCUCAGACAGAGAGAGCGGGAGAUCGAAGACAUCACCCAGAUCCGUGACAAGCUGUCUGGGGAGCGUCGCAGCCUGGCAGAGGUUAUCAGGCAGGAGUUUGCUGAAAGACUCAUUGUGACGGAGGAUGAGAACAGAAGGAUGAAGACCGAGACAUCAGAGGUCAGGGCCAGGCUAAGGCUGGAGGUCGAGAGGGUCACCAGGGAGAAGGAGGAGGAGCUGGCAGAGGUCCACCAACGGGUGAAGUCAGCCAUCUUGAAAAAGGAAGAGACUGUGGCUAGCCUUAGGAAGCAGCAUGAGGCUGCUCUGAAGAGGGCAGACCACCUGGAGGCCCUAUUGGAACAGCAGAGGAAGCAGCUGCUCGAGAAGUGACUGACAGGGGGGCAAGGACUUGAACAUCACAAUCUCCACCUCCUCUGCCUCUCUCUUCCCCUCAUCACUCCUUCAUCUGUUCUGUCACUUGGGGCCCCACUUUUCCCUCAGUUUUUUCUUUGGUCUGGUGGAUGUGUUUCUGAUGGACUAGAGUGAGAGAAACAGAGAACUUGAGCCUGCCUGACUGUAUCUCCGCAGACUUCUUGAUAAAGACCCAGAUAUUAGAGACCGAGCCUGGCCUCUCCCAAGCAGGCCGAAUACGGUCAGGGAAACAGGCUGGAGAGGAUACCGUCUGCUGUUUUAAGAGCCUCUCACGCUGGAGGAGCCACAGACUAGGAGUGCUGUGAUCUUUAACUGCCCAGUGGAUUCCUGGAAGGACUGAACCAUACUCUACCUAUAAGCCUUUUAGACUAGGGGGCAGUGAUUGUUUACAGUACAGAGGCUCAAGCAGUGAAUGAACAGAACCAUUCUGUUCCCGUAGGGGCCAUGAACCGGGAGGUCUGUGUUCUUUAACUGCCCAGUGAACUCCUGGACGGACUGAACCACCUCUGGAAUUUUGAUGAAUUGUGAACCCCCCCCUAAAAUCUGAAGGAGUGGGAGAGCUCAUUCCCCACAGAGCAGAGACUAGGUUGCUGCCACAGAGAAGAGAACUGUUCCAGAUGUUCUAAGCCAGCCCAGGCCUGCUCUGUGACAGUGUGAAGUUUCCCAGCAGGCAGAGAGGGUCUUUCUGAGAAGGAGGGAAAGGAAUCAGCACCCCAGCACCACCCUCUUCCCCUGCUGAGGUCCUGCAGUUAGUUAUUCAGACACGUCAGUACAGAGUGCUGUUGAAUGAAGCUGGGGCUCGAGGUUGCUCGGCAAUGCCCUUUGUGUACGAGUUACAGAUGUCUUUUGUCCCGGUGCCCCUCUGGGCUAGUGCCAAUUACAGGAUCUGCUGCCUUGGCUUGGUGCAACCCCCCCUUCCCACACACUCACAAUCACACCCUUUGCCCCUGGCAGUCACAAGCCUAGUUUAGCUCUGACAGGCAGAUUUGUUAUGAAUGUCUUCAUCCAAGUCAAAUCUAACAAUGAGUCUAGAAAUAAUACUAACCUUGGUGUUGACAAGUUGUAUAGUGUGCUAGGAUGUCAAUAGAAGGAAAGAGUGAGGGAUGGGUGUGGGAGUAAUUGUGGGAUGCAGAAAGAAUAGACAGAUAUGAGACAGUGAGUAAUGAUGCUCUGAUAGUGUAUUUAAUCUUAUUGAGAGUCAUGGUUGCGGUGUGGUGUGGGUUUUGAAAGUGAGACAGAACGAGGGAGAGGGCGAUGAAGGAAUGUGCAUAGGAAGUGUUUAUAGGAUUAGGAAAGCUGAGACUGGGACUGACUGGGGUAUGGGGGGGCACAACACAAGCCUAGUGGUUUCGUGUGACCAGAGACCCAAACCUAAAAGCCCCAUGAGCCUGGUGGGUCUGAUAGGAUGAUAGUCUGAGGGCUACACUGUGACAAAAAUACAUCUAACUCUCACUGAAAGGGUCCAACACUGGGCCCCUCCACUUAACAGAAGUAAAGUAGCCCCUAAUCAUCCAGGGGAAGGAACUAUCAAACUGGUUAAUAAGAUUUUCAGAAGCCGUCUAGGUACUUCCUAGUUUUGCAUGUCUCUCUUUUAUCUUGUAUGUUGUUUUUAUUUAUAUAUAUAUAUAUAUAUAUAUAUACACUUACUUGUGCUUUUUAUUUGUUUACCCCUUAAAAAGUUUAAUGUUUUGUAUGUCCCACUCAGAAACUAGAAACUGUUUUUGUUAUUCAUUUUCAGUCUGAAACAGUGUACUUCUGGGUAACUUCAUAUCCUGAAUGGAAAGAGGACCGAGGGGGGUUGUGAAGCCUGGAAUUGCGACCCAAAUGGCACUCUAGUCUAAAGUAGUGCACUAUAUAGGGAAUAGGGUGCCAUUUGGGAUACAAUCUUGGUGCUUCAGUGAGAAGCAAACCCACCAGGAAGUAUAGUAAGCCUUGUAUUUAGGUGAAAUAGAAUGUGACAGAUGUUAUCCUGUGUGGUUCUGCUAUUAUUUUUUUUCAUAUUUAUUUACUAUUUUCUUUAAAUGUAUUUUACCGUCUGAUCUGAUGCUCUCGUAACUGGCUCCCGGUGUGUUUAUCCUUUACAUACAAGUGCUAUGCACAAAGUGAUGGGUUUUUACUGAAGUCUAAUUUUCAUUUAGUCUCCCAUUAACAUCAAUGCAUGACUAAGUUGAAGUUUGAAGUUAAUGAUUACAAUGCAAGCAGCCCUAUUCCAAGAUGGUGCUUGUGUACCUUUUCGUUCACAGAAACACUACACAUCCACGCCCAGUCUGAGCUGUACAGUUAGUGAUGCUCCAUGGUGCCAUUUUAUUUAGGAUGGUAUGUGUUUAUUAGUAUGUCAGGUUUUGCUGAUGGGAAAUGUAGAGGAUUUUGUGUCAAACGCCAAUGUUACAGCUUCCUUCUAGUUCUCCUUUUUAGCCUUGUCUUCUUGGCUUUUCAGUUGGGGGAGGUCUGACAGUGAAGGCUCAACAAUGGAAGCGCUGUCACAUACCGUCUCUCGUCAUCCUAUUGAGUGGAGGCGGGCAACUUCCAAACUUCAGACACAAAAUUUCACUCUUCUAAUCAAUAUCACAGAAGCAUUUAAAUGGCAAGGCUUUGAAUGGCAGUUGAGUCACCAUGUGUUUCUCUCAUCUUUAACUUCAUUAGUUAUUAGUCAUUGGCUACAUCCUAAAUGGCAUCCUAUUCUCUACUUUUGACCAGUAGUGCACUAUAUUGGGGAUGUACAUAUUUCUGUAGCCAUGGUGGAUAUUACAGGGUUUGCAUGUGGAAUUGGCUCCCUAUUCCAAAUAUACUGCACUACUUUUGACCAGGGCCCACAUUGGACUCAAAACUAGUGCAUUACAUAGGAAAUAGGGUCCCGGGCACAGCCUUGAUCCCUACCAUUCCUCAGACAGUUGGCACUGCGUCCAGGGUUGUUGGCUUCUUUGUCCAGAAGGGUGGCAGCAUGACUGGCAUGCCAGUCCCACACGUGCCAAUGAGUCCUGCCUUUGUGUGUGUUUCAUUUUGGCCUGGGAUGACCUCCGUGAAACACACACUCGCUCUUACUUGUACCCUUCAUUUGUGUUGAAUUUGAAAUCGGACUUUCUUCACAAACCACUCCAGCUGUCUUUGAUUGUAUUAUUUGUGUUCAGUUUUUGAUAUAUUGUCAUUUUAAUGUACCCCCACGUGUUCUUACUUGUAGCUCCUGGUCUGAAUCUUAACUUGGCUCUACUUUAGUUGUUGUAGUUUAGUUGCAUUGUUAUUCAUGGUGAUGGUUUGAAACUGG